UGGUAUUUUAAGGUCGUGAUCCACUAGUAGAAGAGCUGUGGAGAGUGAUAAAGUACCAUGAUUUACCAUUUUGCUUCACACCACUUACUCUGACAUAUAAAAAAAUAAUAAGCAAAUCUAGUGGAUCAUUGUACCAUACACUCCCGAUCUGGGAAUCUCUCUUCUAACUCUCUCUCUCUGCUCAUAAAGUUGCAAUCUUGGGGGGGUUGAUCUGAGGCAGCAAACCUCUUUCUCUGGUGCAUGUGAGUAGUGAUUGUGCCGUGGGGGUUUAGGGAAGAUGGCAAUGGGGAAAUAUUCUCGUGUAGACGGGAAGAAGUCAUCAUCGAGCUAUGGCUUAACCAUUACCAUAGUUUUGAUCGUUUCUCUCUCUAUGGUUGGAGCUUGGAUGUUCAUGUCUUCAUGGUCUGCCCCAACUGAGACUCUUCACUUCUCUUCAAGCCAGACUACUACAAAAGAUGUCGAAACUACUACUAUUAGUAAGACUGAAUUCACAGAUGAAGAAACUGAGGUUGUGACAGAGAGCAACGAAGAGAAAACUGAGGAAAGAAAAGAGUUUGAUGACAAAAAUGGUGAGAAAGACACAGAGUCAGAAAGUGAGAAAGACAAGACACAACCGGAAGAGAACAAAAUGGAAGAGAAUGCUGGUGAGUCUGAAGACAACACCGAGAAGAGCAAGGCUGAGAUAACGAAGGAGUCCAGCACUGGAAGUGGGGCUUGGUCUACUCAACUAGUCGAAUCGCAGAACGAGAAGAAAUCACAAGUGUCCUCCUCCUCUUACUCCUCCUCCUUCUCCUCCAUCAAAUGGAAACUCUGCAACGUCACAGCUGGACCAGACUACAUCCCUUGCCUCGACAACUUACAAGCCAUCAGAAAGCUUCACUCCACAAAGCAUUACGAACACCGUGAGAGGCAUUGUCCCGAGGAAGCUCCACGCUGCCUUGUCCCUCUUCCCGAAGGGUACAAACGUUCCAUCAAGUGGCCUAAGAGCAGAGAAAAGAUCUGGUACAACAACAUUCCUCACACCAAGCUUGCACAAGUCAAAGGACAUCAGAACUGGGUGAAGAUGAGUGGCGAAUACUUAACGUUCCCUGGUGGUGGUACUCAGUUCAAGAACGGUGCUCUUCACUAUAUCGAUUUCCUCCAAGAGUCGUAUCCUGAUAUUGCUUGGGGAAACAGAACGCGUGUGAUACUGGACGUUGGGUGUGGAGUUGCCAGCUUCGGUGGAUAUCUUUUCGACAGAGACGUGCUUGCUUUGUCGUUUGCACCUAAAGAUGAACACGAGGCGCAGGUGCAGUUUGCUUUGGAACGUGGUAUCCCUGCAAUGUCAAAUGUUAUGGGGACCAAGAGAUUGCCUUUCCCAGGAUCUGUUUUCGACCUUAUCCAUUGUGCUCGCUGUAGAGUCCCUUGGCAUAUCGAAGGUGGUAAACUACUUUUAGAACUGAACCGUGCGUUGAGGCCUGGUGGGUUCUUUGUCUGGUCGGCGACUCCGGUUUACAGGAAGACAGAAGAAGACGUUGGCAUAUGGAAAGCUAUGUCGAAGUUAACAAAGGCGAUAUGCUGGAAGCUGAUGACGAUUAAGAAAGAUGAGCUGAAUGAAGUUGGUGCUGCUAUUUACCAAAAGCCAAUGACUAAUGAAUGCUAUAACAAAAGAUCUCAAGACGAGCCACCUCUAUGCAAAGACUCUGAUGAUCAAAAUGCCGCUUGGAAUGUUCCACUCGAGGCGUGUAUGCAUAAGGUGACAGAAGAUUCGUCAAAACGUGGAGCAGUUUGGCCUGAAAAGUGGCCGGAGAGAGUAGAGACUGCUCCUCAGUGGCUGGGAGAAUCUCAGGAAGGUGUAUAUGGUAAACCUGCGAAUGAAGAUUUCACAGCGGAUCAUGAACGUUGGAAGAGUAUUGUUUCGAAGUCAUACUUAAACGGUAUGGGAAUCGAUUGGUCUUAUGUGAGGAAUGUGAUGGACAUGAGAGCAGUUUAUGGAGGUUUUGCUGCUGCGUUAAAGGAUCUGAAACUGUGGGUGAUGAAUGUAGUUCCUAUCGACUCAGCUGAUACGCUACCUAUUAUAUACGAGCGUGGUUUGUUUGGAAUCUACCAUGAUUGGUGUGAAUCAUUCAGCACUUACCCCCGAACUUACGAUCUUCUUCAUGCUGAUCAUCUUUUCUCUACAUUAAAGAAGAGGUGCAGCUUGGUUUCGGUAAUGGCUGAAGUGGACCGGAUACUUAGACCACAAGGAACUUUUAUAGUAAGAGAUGACAGUAAAACAAUAGGAGAAAUUGAGAAGAUGGUGAAAUCUAUGAAAUGGGAUGUAACAGUGACACAUUCGAAAGAUGGAGAAGGAUUGCUCUCGGUUCAGAAGUCAUGGUGGCGUCCUACGGAGGUGAAGACCAUUACAUCUGCAAUAGCCUGAGGUCAAGGAAACAAUGAAGAUAGUAUGGGUUAAUGUUUUGUUGUAUGGUUAAGUUGUUUCUUCUGUGAGCACAUUGAUUGUUUUUACUUGUAUUAGACUAUUAGUCCAAUAUUUGUAUACUAGACAAUUGUCUCAAAAGUGUAAACUUAUAAGUAUUUUAGCUGUGACCUGUUAGUCUGUUACACUUUACUUUCCUCUGAUUUAUAUUGAUUUUGUUCUCAGA